AUGAGUCGAGUGUGUAUUGUUGUUUUGGAGGAGGUAGAAGAUGAGUCUCCUGCAUUCAUUUCUAAAUUGCCACAGGAAAAUAAAUCCCUACAUUCUCCACCUUCGGGAAAUGUAUUGCCCUCACUGGUGCAAGCUAUAUUUAAUGGAGAUCCUGAUGAAGUUCGAGCACUAAUAUUUAAGAAAGAAGAUGUUAACUUUCAGGACAAUGAAAAGAGAACUCCACUGCAUGCUGCUGCCUAUCUUGGAGAUGCAGAAAUCAUUGAAUUGCUUAUUUUAUCUGGAGCUAGAGUUAAUGCCAAAGACAGCAAAUGGUUGACACCUUUACACAGAGCAGUUGCGUCUUGUAGUGAGGAAGCAGUUCAGGUACUGUUGAAGCAUUCUGCAGAUGUUAAUGCUCGAGACAAAAACUGGCAAACCCCGUUACACAUAGCGGCUGCUAACAAAGCUGUCAAGUGCGCGGAAGCCUUAGUUCCUCUUCUGAGUAAUGUAAACGUGUCCGAUAGGGCAGGGAGAACUGCACUGCAUCAUGCGGCUUUCAGUGGCCAUGGGGAGAUGGUCAAAUUACUCUUGUCUAGAGGUGCCAAUAUUAACGCUUUUGACAAGAAAGAUAGACGUGCUAUCCACUGGGCAGCAUAUAUGGGUCACAUUGAAGUAGUAAAGUUACUUGUGGCACACGGAGCUGAGGUGACAUGCAAGGACAAGAAGUCUUACACGCCUCUCCAUGCAGCAGCCUCCAGCGGGAUGAUCAGCGUGGUCAAGUACCUUCUCGAUCUUGGGGUUGAUAUAAAUGAACCAAACGCCUAUGGAAAUACACCUCUUCACGUAGCCUGCUACAAUGGACAGGAUGUUGUCGUGAAUGAACUGAUAGAGUCUGGUGCUAAUGUAAAUCAAAAGAAUGAAAAAGGGUUUACUCCUUUGCACUUUGCUGCUGCAUCUACACACGGAGCAUUGUGUUUAGAGCUUCUAGUAGGCAGUGGGGCCGAUGUCAAUAUGAAGAGCAAAGAUGGAAAAACUCCACUGCACAUGACUGCCCUCCAUGGUAGAUUCUCCAGAUCACAAACCAUUAUCCAGAGUGGAGCUGUAAUCGACUGUGAAGAUAAGAAUGGCAACACUCCCUUGCACAUAGCGGCGAGGUAUGGCCACGAGCUGCUCAUCAACACCCUCAUCACGAGUGGGGCCGACACCGCCAAACGUGGCAUACAUGGAAUGUUCCCCCUCCACUUGGCAGCCUUAAGUGGCUUUUCAGAUUGCUGUAGGAAACUUCUUUCUUCUGGAUUUGAUAUAGAUACCCCAGAUGAUUUUGGCAGGACCUGUCUGCAUGCAGCUGCAGCUGGAGGUAAUUUGGAGUGCCUAAACCUUCUGCUGAAUACUGGUGCAGACUUCAACAAAAAAGACAAGUUUGGAAGAUCUCCAUUGCAUUAUGCUGCUGCCAACUGCAACUACCAGUGCCUGUUUGCUCUCGUGGGCUCCGGAGCAAGUGUGAAUGACCUUGAUGAAAGAGGAUGCACACCUCUGCACUAUGCAGCGACGUCAGACACAGAUGGCAAGUGCCUGGAAUACUUAUUAAGAAAUGAUGCAAAUCCAGGGAUCCGGGACAAGCAAGGAUACAAUGCCGUUCAUUAUUCAGCUGCAUAUGGUCACCGUCUGUGUCUUCAGCUGAUUGCAAGUGAAACUCCUUUAGAUGUUUUAAUGGAAACAUCGGGAACAGACAUGCUGAGUGAUUCAGACAAUAGAGCAACAAUAAGCCCUUUACACUUGGCUGCCUAUCAUGGUCACCAUCAAGCCCUGGAAGUGUUAGUACAGUCUUUGUUAGAUCUUGACGUGAGAAAUAGUAGUGGAAGAACACCCUUGGACCUUGCAGCAUUUAAGGGCCAUGUAGAAUGUGUGGAUGUUCUCAUUAAUCAGGGAGCUUCAAUCUUAGUCAAAGAUUAUAUUUUGAAGAGAACACCUAUACAUGCAGCAGCAACAAAUGGUCAUUCGGAAUGCUUACGGCUACUAAUAGGAAAUGCCGAACCACAGAAUGCAGUAGAUAUUCAAGAUGGAAAUGGACAGACUCCUCUGAUGCUGUCUGUGCUCAACGGGCACACGGACUGUGUGUACUCACUGCUCAACAAAGGCGCAAGCGUCGACGCCAGAGACAGAUGGGGAAGGACGGCCCUGCACAGAGGGGCAGUCACAGGCCAUGAAGAGUGUGUGGAUGCAUUACUUCAACAUGGUGCUAACUGCUUAUUUCGAGAUAGCAGGGGCCGGACACCAAUACACUUGUCAGCUGCCUGUGGACACAUUGGUGUUCUUGGAGCCCUUCUGCAGUCAGCAGCAUCUAUGGAUGCAAAUCCAGCCAUGGUGGACAAUCACGGAUACACAGCACUUCACUGGGCCUGCUACAACGGUCAUGAGACGUGUGUAGAACUCCUUUUAGAACAAGAAGUUUUCCAGAAAACAGAAGGAAAUGCUUUCAGUCCGUUGCAUUGUGCUGUAAUAAAUGACAACGAGGGUGCUGCUGAGAUGUUGAUUGAUACCUUAGGCUCCAGCAUUGUGAACGCCACAGAUUCAAAAGGAAGGACUCCUCUCCACGCAGCCGCCUUCACGGACCACGUGGAGUGUCUGCAGCUUCUGCUCAGCCACAAUGCUCAUGUAAACUCUGUGGACUCCUCUGGGAAGACACCCCUCAUGAUGGCUGCAGAAAACGGACAGGCAAACACAGUCGAGAUGCUGGUUCGCAGUGCUAGUGCAGAUCUGACUUUACAAGAUAACAGUAAAAACACCGCCCUCCAUUUGGCUUGCAGUAAGGGUCAUGAAACUAGUGCCUCGUUAAUACUGGAAAAGAUAACAGAUAGAAACCUCAUCAAUGCAACCAAUGCAGCUUUGCAAACACCUCUGCAUGUUGCUGCCCGAAACGGGCUGUCACUGGUGGUUCAAGAGCUCUUGGGGAGAGGGGCAAGCGUGCUUGCGGUCGAUGAGAAUGGCUAUACCCCAGCUUUGGCCUGUGCCCCCAACAAGGACGUGGCGGACUGCCUCGCUCUCAUUCUGGCCACCAUGAUGCCUAUCUCGUCAAGUAGCCCUUUAUCAUCCCUGACAUUCAAUGCCAUUAACCGCUACACCAACACCUCGAAAACUGUCAGCUUUGAAGCCUUGCCCAUCAUGAGAAAUGAACCCAGCUCCUACUGUAGCUUCAACAACAUCGGCGGGGAGCAGGAAUACUUAUACACCGAUGUGGAUGAGCUCAAUGACUCUGAUUCAGAGACCUACUGA